AUGCCUCCUCGAGGACUUCGAUCCUUUGGCAAUCGUGCACUGCCUUAUACGCCCAUCAGGUCUGCAUCGUCGACUAGCAACUGGUCUUUCCGAUCAGCACCCUCUUCAAGUAGCACCGAUUCAACAACUUUCUGGCGCACACCUCCGAAGAAAUGGAAACGCUCCUUGUCAUGGAUCAGAGAGAUACCAACGCCAAAUAUAACCUUGAUCGGACAGCACAUUUCCUCUCGGCAGAAAAUACUCUUCAUUCUCCUCGGUCUUUUCACGUUCCUUCUGUUACUUCCAAUCACUCAUCGACAUGUCACGCCUAUCACAGUCUACGAUCUGACAAAAUAUCAACCUCCAAGUGCUGCCUUGCCGGACACGGACAAGAAACGACCCGAUCCUAUAAAAUGGCUGGAGGAGAACUCGAAUAACAGACACUCUGUGCUUGACAGUUAUCUAUCACGGUUUGGAAUGUCAGGUCAUGGAAAACCUCGAGCAGCAUUGAUCAGUUUGGUGCGGAACUCUGAGCUACAAGGUAUGAUGCAGAGCAUGAGGCAGUUGGAGUACAGGUGGAACAGCAAAUACCAGUAUCCGUGGAUUUUCUUCAACGAUGAGCCAUUCACGGAAGAAUUCAUAGCAGCGACUCGAAAUUCAACAACAGCAAAAUGCUACUACGAAAUUGUGCCGAAGGAACAUUGGUCACUUCCAGAUUGGAUUGACGAGAGCCGAUUCAUGAACAGUCUGGAGUAUCUUGGGACCAUUGGUGUAGGGAAGGGAUGGAUGGUCAGCUACCAUCAUAUGUGUCGAUGGAAUAGCGGAUUCUUCUACAAGCAUCCAUUUCUGAGGAAUUAUGACUGGUAUUGGAGAAUCGAGCCAGACGUUCACUACUUCUGCGACAUCGACUAUGACGUCUUCCGCUUCAUGCGCGAUAAUAACAUGAAGUAUGGCUUCAACAUGAACAUUCUUGACGAUGCCCGCUCGUUUCCCUCAUUAUGGAGUCGUACACGAGCUUUCGCAGCAGAUCACCCGCACUUGAUCCAUCCCGAAGCGGACUUAGGCUGGCUUCUUGACUCUCAAGCCGGAGGCGAGUAUAACAAUUGCCAGUUCUUCUCCAAUUUCGAGAUUGGCUCCCUCGACUUCUGGCGUGGUGAAGCCAACGAGGCAUACUUCAACUGGCUUGACAAAGCAGGUGGCUUCUAUUACGAACGUUUUGGCGACGCUCCUGUUCAUACUCUAAGUGUUGCUAUGUUCGUACCGAAGAGUGAAAUCUGGUACUUUAGGGAUAUAGGUUAUCAGCAUGAUAUCAACCAUCACUGUCCUCCGCACAGGGAAGCGAAGUGUAGCUGCCAGCCAACCAGAAUCGACGAGAGUUUCUAUAAACUUGUUCCAUUAGAGAGUCCUCAGAGGAAGCCAGCAGAUACUUGUAUUAGACAGUUUCUAGGCGGAGAGUGGUUGAAGAAGAAAGAAGGGUGGACAAUGGCUGGUGAGAAGGCAUUUGGUGGGGAUGGCUACCAUGGGUACGAGCUGUUGGGAGACGAGUAA